UCUCCGCAGUAAUGUUCCAGUUCUUAAUCCUGAUACCGCUCCUCCCAGUCGUAACGUACAUUGUGCUGCGAUGGAAACACCAUCGCUUCUACAGGAUAUCUUCCGAGCUGCCAGGACCUGCCAACUAUCCAUUGAUCGGAUGCGGUCAUCUGUUCAUCGGGAAAUCCAACGAAGAGCAGUUUGCCAUCCUGAAUGACAUUACGAAAACAUAUCCAUCACCAUGUCGGGCAUGGCUCGGCCCCAAAAUGUUUGUGUUCAUCGACAACCCGGAAGACAUGCAGGUGGUCCUUAACUCGACAAAUUGUUUGGAAAAGGCAGACUUGUAUCGGUUUUUCCGCUGCGAAAAAGGACUAUUCUCCUCGCCGGCCAGUAUAUGGAAGGUUCAUCGGAAACUGCUGUCUCCGUGCUUCAGUCCAGCAAUUUUGUCUAGUUUUGUGUCAAUUUUUAACACAAAAAGUGAAAUAUUAGUGCAGCGACUUGAGAAGAAUAUAGGAAAUGGGGCAUUUAAUCUGUUUGGAGAUAUAUCAAGAUGUACCUUGGAUAUGAUUUGUGCAACUACACUGGGUACCAACAUGGACUUACAAAGCAACGAAGGCACUGAAUUUAUCAAAGCUAUUGAAGAUGCUUGUGAAUUGAUCAACUCUCGGCUAUACAAAUUUUGGUUGCAUCCCGAAUGGAUUUACCAGAAAACAAAAUACUACAAAGAAGAAAAAGAUUGCUACUUAAAGGCAUACAAAAUGUCACACAAAAUUUUGGAGUUGAAGCAAGAAGCCAGGAUCAAUCUCAAAAAACCUUCCAGCAACGAUAAAAUUGACUUGAAAAAGCCGCAGAUCUACAUCGAUCAAAUUUUACGAUUGGCAGAAGAUACAGACGUUUUCGACGACAGAGCGAUUCGCGACGAGCUGGAUACCAUAAUCGUUGGGGGGAACGAGACUUCGGCGUUGACUUUGUCGCAUGUGAUGCUGAUGUUAGCCAUUCAUCAAGACGUUCAACAAAAGGUUUACAACGAAAUUGUUAAUGUUUUAGGAAGCCGGGAUCCAACGAUUGCGGUUAACAACGAUCACCUUCCAAAACUGAUCUACACCGAAAUGGUUAUGAAAGAAACGAUGCGACUGUUUCCUGUUGGGCCAAUAGUAGCCAGAACGUGCACUGCACCAACGCGCAUCUCAAAGACCACCAUUCCCGAGGGAACCAACAUUGUCCUGGGGGUCUACAACGUGCACAGAAAUCCAAAACACUGGGGACCAGAUGUAGACCGCUUCAACCCGGAUAACUUUUUCCCGGAGCGGGUAGCAGAGCGGCAUCCAUACUCCUUCCUACCGUUUAGCGGGGGACCGCGCAACUGCAUCGGCUACAAGUACGGUCUGAUGUCGAUGAAGAUAAUGCUGUGUCACUUGUUGCGUGCCUAUCGGUUCCGAUCGCCACUGAAAAUGGAACAGCUGCAGCUGAAAAUGAGUAUCACUUUGAAGAUUGCUAACCGGCAUAUGGUAACGGUAGAGAAACGGGAGGGGUGGCAGAAGGAAGGUGCCGGAUUGCAAUAUCGAAACAUACGACAACGACCGUUGCACGCACAACGUGCAUUUGCAAGCUAUCGUUCCGAGUUGAACCGUCGUCGUCAAGUUUGGUGCGCGAAUACGACACAGGCCAUGUGGCAUACGGCGGUGGUGUGGCUCAUCCUAACGGUCGUGAUAUCGCUGUGCUACUACCGAUGGAGACGCCGAAAAGUGAUAGCAAUGUUGUCGAAAAUGAGCGGACCGCGUGCGAUACCGUUUCUGGGACAUGUGCAUCUGAUGAGGGAGUUCACGUCCGGAGAAAAAGUGUUUCACACUCUGAUGCGGUACAGUUCUCUCUAUACAUCCCCACUGGCAGCAGAAGUGGGCCCUUUGGCACACAUCUUCGUGUACACCCCGGCUCAUAUCCAAACGGUCUUGACAUCGCCGUAUUGCCUGGAUAAACCAUUGCAGUAUAGCUUCUUCAAAGUUAAUCGGGCUAUAUUCGGUGCACCAGGCGACCUUUGGAAGCUCCAGCGCAAAUUGUUUACCCCAUCGUUCGGACCCAGCAUCUUGCACAGCUUUGUUUCGAUUUUCAACGAGAAAAGUUCGAUUAUGGUAGAUCAGCUGGCAAAAUUUGUGGGAAAGCCCCAGAGGAACUACUACGGCGAAAUUGUCUUGUGUUUCUUGGACACCAUUUGCGGUACGGCAUUCGGAGUAGAUGCAGAUUUGCAGCGUUCGCCCCUAGGGGCAGAGUAUGCCGAACUGCAAGAAAAUUUCGUCGAGUUCGUGACAAACAGACUUUAUAAUGUGUCUUAUUACUCAAACUUCAUCUACACUAUGACCAAUACAUACCGAAAGGAUAAAAAGAACUUUGACGGCCUAAUGUCUCUGUUGGUAAAAGCGACACAAAUAGAAAAGCAUGAAAACAGAUUCAAAAUCUCCGACACUGAUAAUAAACGUGAACAUGACGCUGAAAUCAAAAAGCCGCAAAUAUUCAUCGACAAACUGAUAGACGAGAUUCAAAAGGAUGGUGAGAUCAAACGAGAGGAUUUGAGACAACAUUUAUUGACCAUUUGUUUCGCUGGUAAUGACACAACCGCUACCACUAUGAGUGCUCUUUUAUUGAUGCUGGCAAUGCAUCCAGAUAUCCAGGAGCGCGUAUUUCAGGAAGUCAUGGUAGUUUGUCCAGAAAAGAAUCAAUUCGUCACAAUGGAGGAUGCCGCUAAGCUCACAUACACUGAAAUGGUUUGUAAGGAAACAAUGCGAAUGUUUCCGGUUGCUCCUAUGAUUGGCCGAGUUGCCAAAGAGGAUAUUAAAUUGGAUGAUGAAUUGACAAUACCAGCAAACUCUACGGUGGUUCCCUGCAUCUACAAAGUCCACAUGGAUCCGGAAAUUUGGGGACCCGAUGUAAAGAAAUUCAACCCAGAUAAUUUCCUACCGGAUCGGGCGACCGAGAGGCAUCCCUAUGCAUAUCUUCCGUUCAGUGGGGGGCCACGUAACUGUUUGGGAGUACGAUACGGAUGGCUGUCGAUGAAAAUAUUGCUGGUGCAUAUUCUGCGAAGAUAUCGACUGAGGACAACCCUUACAAUGGACACAAUGACGAUCAAGUAUUCUAUUUUCCUGAAAAUUGUGGAUGGUUGUGCACUUAUCCUGGAUGAGAGAUGAUACCAAAUAAGUGAUUUUUAAUAGUUCCUGAAAACAUGUUUUUCUUAAUAAGUUACAAAAUUUAUUUUAUUUCAUAUAUUUAGAAAUAUGACAAAGGAAACAAUCGAUUAAUAAAAAGCUUCCUUGAUGUAAA